AUGGAUGAUGAACAAGGGAGAGAAGCUUCAAGCAAGAAACAAGCUGCAUCACAGCUUGUUAAAGACAAGAAUUUGGUUGAUGUCAUUUUCUCCUGGUCUGUUGAUGAUAUUUUAAAUGGGGACUUGUACAAGGAUCAGGUAGGGAAGAUUCCGGAUGCAUUUGAAUCUAUUGAAAAUUAUCUGAGUUCAUUUGUUUAUCCACUUCUGGAAGAAACAAGGUCAGAUAUUUGCUCUAAAAUAGAAUCAAUAUCCACUGCACCUUUCGGUAAGGUGAUUUCAGUUGAAAGGCCCAAGCAGCAAUCGAGGAAGCUAUUUUAUGAUUUAAUGGUUGAGGAUUGGAAAUACAAUUCGUAUAAUUCUGAAAAAGAUCCCUACAGAGCGAAACCAGGAGACGUAAUUGCUUUUACUGCAGCUACACCAGGACAGUAUCUUGAUGUGGAAAGGCUGCGGAUGAGAUGUAAUUUAGGAUAUGUUACUAAUGUGUUGAGGGAUGAUUGUAUGUAUGCACAUUUUGAAGUUAGAACGUCGAAAGAACUUGAAUUGGGAAAAGAUGGCUGGAACAAAUCAUUAUACGCGGUUUUUGUGGCGAACGUGACAACAAGUAAUAGAAUCUGGAAAGCAUUGCGCUUCAAUCAGAAUCUUGAUGUUAUUAAGGAAACCUUGGGCACUAACUCAAUGGUACAGGGAUGCUGCAUGCUGUGUCCUUCUGAAAUGAAGAAAAAACUGGAAGACAGGUUAUGCUUACCAUCGUACUUGAACAAGUCCCAACGGCAGGCAAUCUUAGAAUGCGUUUUUAAAAGUCAUUGUGCCCAUAAGUCGUCUUUGGAACUUAUCUGGGGGCCUCCAGGUACUGGAAAGACCAGAACUCUCGCUGUGAUGCUGUGGAGCCUCUUACAACUAAAAUGUAGGACUCUCAUCUGUUGUCCUACAAAUGUGGCAAUCUCUGAAAUUGCUUCUCGAGUUAUGAAAUUGGUCAAUGAGGAUGAUACCUCAUUGUACAGUUUAGGAGACAUUCUUUUAUAUGGGAAUAUAGACCAGACUGCUUAUGUUAUUGAAGAGAUGUGCUUAGAUUACCGUGUAAAAAAGCUUUCUGAAUGCUUGGGGGAUGGUACUGGUUGGAGGCAUUGCAUAAUUACCAUGAUUGAGUUACUUGAAGAUUGUGUUUCAAAGUACAAGAACUUCUGUGACAGCAAAAUUGUAAAAGAUGAUCACAAGUAUGUGAAUGAUGGUGAAUCAUUUCUGAAUUUCAUUAGAGACAAUUUUAUUGCAACUGCAUCGUCAGUAAGAAAUUGUAUCUCUACUAUCUUUACACAUUUGCCAAAAAAAUUUAUCAGAGAACAUAAUUAUAAAGACAUGGUAGCCCUGAUGACGAUGCUUGAUUCGUUUGAGUCUUUCUUGUUUCAAACCAAUGUUGUUGGUGAAGAAUUAAAGGAGGCAUUUGUAUGUGAAGAAGAAUUUGAAUCCCUGACCCAUGUUAAUGCAAAUGUGUCAAGAUUCUUGAAUGCCAAAGGAGAAUGUGUUCGCUUCUUGAGAAACCUUUUGAGUGCACUUGACGGGCUCGACUUACCUAAAUGUGAUAAAGAUUCAAUAGAAGAAUUCUGUUAUAAAAUGGCAUCUUUAAUAUUUUGUACAGCUUCAAGUUCAUAUAAACUUCAAUCUGUCAAAAUGUACCCUAUAAAGUUGUUAGUUAUUGAUGAAGCUUCCCAAUUGAAGGAGUGCGAACUGUUGGUACCACUUCAAGUCCCCAGUAUAAAGCAUGUUGUUCUCUUAGGCGAUGAAUGCCAGCUGCCAGCAUUUGUUAGUAGCAAGGUUUCUGCCGAAGCUGGCAUUGGCAGAAGCCUGUUUGAGAGAUUAAGUACCCUUGGUUUCACAAGACACCUACUUGACACACAAUACAGGAUGCAUCCAAAUAUAAGCAAAUUUCCAAAUGCAAAAUUUUAUCAGAACCGAAUAAUGGAUGCAGAAAUUGUCAAGAGUGACAUUUAUGAGAAGUGUUACAUCCCUGAUCCGAUGUUUGGCAGCUAUUCUUUCAUGAAUAUUUCUUGUGGUAGGGAGUCGCAUACAGACACUCAUAGCUUGACAAACAUGGUAGAAGUAGCUGUCUUGCUGAAAAUUAUACAUCGAGUGUACAAAGCAUGUGAAGCAGCAAAAGUGAAGGUUACAGUUGGAGUUGUCUCUCCCUAUUCAGCUCAAGUGUCAGAAAUUCAACGAAGACUUGGAAAGAAGUAUGAUGAUAAUGACAGUUUCAAGGUGCAUAUCAGAACCAUUGAUGGCUUUCAAGGCGGAGAAGAUGAUAUAGUUAUUAUUUCUACUGUAAGAUCCAAUCAACGCGGAUCUCUUGGGUUCACCUCCAGUCCUCGGAGAAUAAAUGUCGCCUUGACUAGAGCAAGGCACUGUUUGUGGAUAUUGGGCAAUGAGGAAACUCUGUCUAAGAGUGAUUCUGUCUGGGAACAACUGGUCCUUGAUGCAAAGGUUCGUCAGUGUUUCUUCAAUGCAGAUGAUGACAAGGGUUUGCAAGCAGUCAUUAUGGAGGUGAAGAAAGAGCUUGAUCAACUUGGUGACAUGCUUAAAGAAGAUAGUAUGUUCUUCAGGAAUGCAAGGUGGAAGGUGUGUAUUAUGAAGUAUCUUUGA